AUGGGAAAUGCAGAAAAGCUAAUGAAUCAGAUCAUGGAGCUCAAGUUCACGUCGAAGAGCAUCCAACGCCAAGCUCACAAGUGCAAGAAGGACAAGAAAUCCGAGAAACUCAACGUCAAGAAAGCUAUCGAGAAGGGUAACAUGGACAAUGCUCAUAUCUACGCAGAGAAUGCAAUCCAAAAGCGCACCGAACAAAUGAACUACCUCCGCCUUCUAGUGACAGAGUGGGACUUUCCACAGAGGCUGCCUUUCCAACUUCCAACGUCCUCUCCCUCUCUAUCGAUUGUCAUUCGCCACCAGAGCCACUUAUGUCUUUCGAUCUGUCCAAGACGGAAAAGAAACUAG